AUGAGUGAGUCUCUGACUGAGGACCAGAUAGCUGAGUUCCGUGAAGCCUUCACUCUCUUUGACACUGAUGGAGAUGGCAACAUUAGUACAAAGGAGUUGGGCACGGUGAUGCGGUCCGUGGGCCAGAACCCGACUGAGGCGGAUCUGCAAGAAAUGGUUGCAGAAGUUGAUGAGAAUCGGACAGGUGUGAUACGUUUCAAAGACUUUCUCAAUCUGAUGGUGCGCAAAAUGCGCGAGACCGAUACAGAGGAGGAGCUGAUUGAAGCGUUCCAGGUCUUUGACCGCGAAGGCAAUGGUCUGAUUACGGCCCAGGAACUGCGUCAUGUCCUCACGCAGUUGGGCGAGAAACUGUCACCGGAAGAAGCCGACUUGAUGAUCUCCGAGGCUGAUGUGGACGGCGACGGUCAAAUAAACUAUGAGGAAUUUGUCAAGAUGAUGAUGGCCAAAUAA